AACUUAUGUGGCAUCCAAUUCAAGUGUUAAAGCUCAUAUUUUAAUAUAUUUUGAUAAGUUCCUAUAAUUAUGGCCACUACUGUAUGUAAAACAUUUCAGUUUGACAUUUGUCAACAAAAUUAUUGUCAUUUCAUUUCACUCCUUCAUGGGGAAUCCAUUCCCAUAAAAAAACAGAACUAGUACAAUGUCCAAACAAUCCGCCACACAUCACCUCCAUCAAAAAAGCACUGGCAGUGAAACCAACAUAAUAGAAAACCAGCACAAAAGCAACCAGUAGUCCGAUGGUAAAUGUCGACACCACAGUAAACUGGAGAGAAUUUGCCUGCGGAUGGGGCGCCGCGUUCAUAAGUGUGGUGAUCACUUAUCCGAUCAACAAGUUGAUAUUCCGUCAGAUGUUGCACGGAGUGAAAGCGACGGACGCCAUCAUUCAGCUGAGGCAGGAAGGAGCUUGGUACUUGUAUCGUGGCAUCUUGCCACCGUUGUUCCAAAAAACGCUCUCAUUCGCCAUGAUGUACGGCGUGUACGAAGAAGUCAGGAGACGGCUGAUGAAGGACGGUGAAGACACGAACAUGUCUAAAGCGGCGGCCGCGUCCUUCGCCGGACUGUCGGAACUGCUCAUGGUGCCCAUGGGCAGGAUCCAGACGCUGCUGCAGGACAGACAGUUUCACAAAACGUUCAAGAACACGUUUCACGCCAUCGCCGUGGUGCGGACUUACGGUUUUACCGAGUAUUACAGGGGUUUGGUGCCGAUUGCGUGCAGGAAUAUACCGUGUAACGUUAUCUUUUUUAAUUUGAGGGACAUCCUGAAGGAUGACGAGUUCGUUAACAAAUCGAAAGCGCACAAAUUGGCCUUGGAAUUUUUUAGUGGUGCGGUACUUGGUGCCCUUCUCAGCACGUUUUUCCAUCCAGUGAACGUGGUCAAGGUGAAGGUGCAAAGCAAGCUUGGUGUCGGCUUCGAAAAUCCAAUAAAAGUUUUGGUCGAGACUUAUAGGGAGGGCGGCAACUCGUUGUCUAGAGUUUACAUGGGAAUGUGGGCGAAUUGUUUGAGGGCUGCGCUGAGCUGGGGUCUCAUGAACUGCGGAUACGCUUUUCUUAAAAACUUAUUGUACUAGUCUGUUUACGUUAAAUAUAUUGUAAAAUUUUAA